GAAACCCCUGAGUUGUUUUGGGUUUUUCUUCAACCACGUGGAGGGUUCCAGUCAGAGCUCACAUCGCGGCUUGUGAUCACCUCCAAACGCCGAACGCGUCUGUAACCGUCCGCGGUGAGAGGAGAUGUCAGCGGCCGGUCAGACCUCCAGGAGCCGGGAGAUCCCCGCCGUCAGGAGGAUCGCCAUCCACGAUGCUGCCCACAUGCCCCAGGAUUACUCCACCACCCCGGGGGGGACCGUGUUCAGCACCACGCCUGGAGGUACCAGGAUCAUCUAUGACAGGAAGUUCCUCCUGCAGUGUCGGAUGUCUCCGUUGACUCGGACGCCUCCCAACCUCCCUGAUAUCCCAGGAGUCACCAGGCAGCUGAACCCAGAUUCCUCUAACGACACAAACCAACCAGAAGAGACGCCUAACAAGAGCCACCACAACAACACACACACACAGCAGAGUCCAGGGGAAGAUGCCCAGUUUGAGAUGGACAUAUAAAGAAAGCCUUCUGUCAGCAAAGUAAUCCUUAUAUUCACCUAGCCAUUAUUGACUUGAACAAAAAGCUUUGUAUUAGCUGAAUUAAUACUCUUAUUCUUAGUUUUAUGUUUGAUAUUUCAAAUAUAUUUUGAAAACAAGUGUGUGUGUGUUUUUGCAUUGCCUUAAUAUUUGCUAAAAUGUACUCACAGAAUUAAGAAAUACAAACAAAUGUAUUUCUGCUUUGAUUUUGUGUGACUUGAUAUGAUAUGUAACAUAUACAAAACUGACUCUGAGUUGUAUUAAAAUAGCAUUUUAUUUGAAUUUAAUUCAAAAGUUUUAUUUUAAGUGACGUUUAACUCCACACCAGCAGUAACUAACUUUGGCCACACGAGGGCAGCAAUGAAACUGACCAGUGACACCCCUGUUUCAGGUUUUAAGUUAUUUUGUCUAAAGUUGACAUUAAAAUUUAAGCAUUUGUAAAGCA